UGAAUAUAUUGUACAGCGCACUUACAAAGAAUGGGCCCGAUCGGGGAAGCAGCGCUGAAGUGUCGCUCUAAGAGCAGAAGAAAAAGUGAACCAUGUGGGGCUGAGCAGCAAGGAUUAGCGGGGUGUGUCAAUUUGAACUCGGGCGAAUUCAGGAAGAAAUGUGAGCACUUGGAAUGGAGGGAGUCCGGCAGUUCGAAACGCAUUUGUAUUGUAAAGGACAUCCAGAAAUGAGCACCACGGUCCUGCUGCUGGACGUGCUCGAUAGUUUUUGACGGGUUUUUGGGCCCUUUUUUUUUUUUAUUUAACCCUGGGUAAGCCCCCUGAUGAUGGUCUUCAAUUGAAGCUCUUUUUAAUGGCUUUGGCUAUUCUGCUAUAUAUAAUAAUGGAGGCUAAGAUGCCGUAAGAAGAGACCAUACUUUAAAUGAGCAUCAGAUACUUAAUACAGAGAGAAAGAGCGAUACAGAGGCACUAUGGCAAGUUAAAUGAUUUCCCCUUUGUUGGAUUUGGUAACUAACAAGCCUUUGCUGGAAAAAGUAUGGCUUACAGAAAAGUGACUGCAGAUCAUUCAGUGCCACUGCACGCUCAGGAUCCAGAAACUGAUGAUAUUCAAGCCACAUCCUUAGACCUGGAGUGGGAUAUGGAGAAAGAACUGGAAGAGCCCAGCUUGGACUGCUACCAGCUUGACUCAGCAGACCAUGGUCAUUUGGGAAACUCAUCUCAAAGCACUGAACUCGGCCUGGAAAGGAUUCAGCCUUCAGUUUCUCCACAGGGUAGAUUUGAACGACUACAGGAAGAUCCAGAUUAUGUGUCACAUUACACAAGGCAAGCACCAAAGAAUAACCAGAAAAAAUGUAGAAAACUCAUUAAAUAUAUCUGCACUGGCAGCAGCCUUUUUAUUUUUGGUCUUUUAAUUGGUCAUUAUGUAAAAAACAAUUGCGAUGCCAGUGCAUCUUCAACAAACCAAAUUUCUGGAGAUUAUACAACAAACAGUGAAGUCUACCAAAAAUUUUCACAGGAAGUCACUGCAGAAGCUCUUAGACGCCAUUUCAGGCAUUUCUCACAGAAGCAAGAAGAGAAGAUUUCUAUUGCGAAAUCCCUUGCAGAAAAGUGGAGAGAACUUGGAUUAUCUGAGGUCCAAUUGUUCAAUUACACUGUGCUCCUCAGUCUUCCUGGUCCCUCACCCAGCAAUAUUACUGAUAAAGGCACUGGACAAUGUUUCCUUCCUGAAGGAAGAGCAUGCAAUACCUGGGAUCAAAAAUCUACUGCUAAUGAAGACCUGCUUUAUAACUAUGCAUCCUACUCUGCACAGGGCACACUGGAGGCAGAAGUGGUUGAUGUUCAGUAUGGAAUGCCUGAUGACUUGAGUCAAGCUCUUGCUUCUACCAAUGCAACUAAUAAAAUUGCACUAUUAAAAUUAGGAUAUGCGCCUUUGCUUUAUAAGUUGUCCUUGCUAGAAGAAGCAGGAUUUGGAGGAGUUCUGCCUUAUAUUGACCCAUGUGACCAGCCAAAUGACCAGAUGUACUUGAACAAAUCAUUUGGAAUUGCACUCAAUCCUGGUGGAGAUCCUUCUACACCAGGCUAUCCUAGCAUUGAUGGAGCAUACAGAGAAAAUCUGCAACACCUCACAAGACUGUUGGUUCAGCCAAUUUCUGCCUCUCUCGCCAAAGAGCUUUUGUCUGCUCGUGAAACUGCUGGUGGCAACAAGUGCUCUCCGCUGUCAAUGCCUAUGGAUACAGGCAAAAGGACCAUCAUAUUAGCUAUUGAAAAUCGCAUGGAAUAUGGCACCAUACACAAUGUCAUUGGAUACUUAAAGGGGGUCACCAACUCUGAUCGAUAUAUCCUGGUAGGGAGCCACCAUCAUAACGGGUAUGAUAAGACUGCAGGAGAUGUAAUCAGUGGUGCUGCCAUAAACACACAUCUGAUUGAGACCUUGAUAUCUCUAGUCAAAAAUGGGUGGCAACCAUUCCGCACCAUAGUGUUUUGUUCAUGGGGUGGAACAGAAUUUGGCAAGAUUGGUUCUUAUGAGUGGGGAGAGGAAAUGAAAGAGGUGUUGCUUAGUAAUGCAGUAGCCUAUGUGAGCCUCUUCAGCCCAGUCCAAGGUAACGGAAUGCUUUAUACCAAAGCUUCUCCUUUGCUCCGGCAGUUGGCGGCAGACUCUCUCCACAAGAAACUCUCCUUAAACUGCACAAAGAAGGAGAAGUGCUCCAGACCAAACAUCAUAUCUGUCCAAAUGCAAGGGGAUGCUGAUUACUUUGCAAGCCGUCUUGGAAUUCCAUCCAUUGAGUUCUCAUAUCAAGAUGCAAAAAUGCAAGAGAAGCCAAGCUUUAUCCCAGAAGCCCUUUUUCCUGUCACUUCAUCAGUAAUAGAGACCUUGGAUUCCUCCUUCAUCUUUCAUGAGACUCUUGCUAAGUUAACAGGUGAAGUUAUUCUGAGAAUGGCCAGUGAGCCUGUACUCCCCUUCUCUGCCUUGGACAUGGCCCUGGAUAUUCAAAAUAAACUGAAAGAUGACAAAUUGAUUGCAGAUCAGCUGAUGGCAUAUUCUGGCUCUCUGAGAGAAAGUGCCCAACUUUUUCAGUCAGAAGAGAUGCGACCUGCUAAUGAUCCAAAGGAAAGAGACCCAGUACACGUGAGAAUGUUGAAUGACGUGCUGCAAAACCUUGAGAAAAACUUUGUUAUUCCUCAGGCCCCUCCAGGAUUUUACAGAAAUAUACUAUAUGCUUUGGAUGACAAAACAAAUCAGUUUUCAAUUCUAAAGGAGGCCCAAGACCACUGGAAGCUGAAACAUCUUAAUGAGACCCUAAAACUGCCCCUGUCCAUGGUGCUGAACUGCAUUAACUCAGCGGAGAGACACCUUGCGGUUGGAUUAGAUCUUUUUGAAGAUGUUUCCACCACAAAACAUUGAUUGUAAAUAAUAGAAUGUUCCAGUGUAUGUUUAUUGUAGGGAAAGCAAAUAUAACUGGGAAGUAAUUACAAAUACAAUUAUAUCUACCCAAAAUAGAAUAUUUAUCAAAUGGAAAUUGUUUUUUAAAUAAAACUUAUCAGAGGUUUAAAUUUUUUAUGAUUAUGCUGUGUAAAUGAUUGCAGUGCCUGUACAAAAUGAGUCAAAGAAUAACAACAUGUUUCUUUUAAUUUUGAAAAAUGUUUAAUAAUCAGCAGGCUGAAAAAAAAAAAUGCUAGUGUGUGUGUGUGGGGGGGGGGGUGUGUGCGUGUGUGUGCGUGUGUGUGUGUGCGUGCGUGCAUGUGCGUGUGUGUGUGUGUGGUUGUACUGCAGUGGUUUACUUUUAGACUUAAUUUAAAGUAAAGUGUAGGAUAUUAAUAAGAGAAAAUAAGAAUACCAAGCAAAACAACCAGAAGAGUUAUGUUCAAGCAAUACUGUAAUUCAAAGUAUCUUUUAUAAUUGCCAUUUUAAAGAGCUUUAUUGAAAGCUGAACAUAUCUAUCAAACAUGUUACAACAAAUGGAUUUGCAAAAGAAAAGAUCGUGUCUCAUACUGUCAGAUAAAUUAUGUUUAAGCUUUGUUUUCUCUUAAGCAUUUUAAAAGACUGGUAUAAUCAAAUACUCAUCAUAACUGACAUAAUCUGUAUUGUGAAACUAUAAAAGAUACGUAUCACUUUUUUUCUGUUGUCAGUCAUAUAACUUAGAACUAAAGGAAGUAAUGAUGCACAGGCAUAAAGAAAAUCUAAUACUUAUAAAUGCAAUAAUGGCCUUUUAAUACAACCUUGGGCAGUAUUUAUUUACAGUAUAUACAAAGAAAUGGUCUUAUUGUGCCUUAUAACUGUUAUCAUUAUUUAUGGUGUAUUAAAUAAAAUUAUUUAUAAAAAUAUAUGGUAUGGUAUUGUAUAACGUGUCAAAAAUCAGCUAUUCUCAGUGUAAUAACUCCUUUAGAAGAAGUUGUUUGGGAAACCUUAAUAGUAAAAGACAAAAUAAAAUUGAGCAGUUUAAAAUUUAUAAAAUGAGGAAAAUGUAAAACAAAUGUUAUAUGACUGGCAUGCUGUUUCAUAAUUUUUUACUUCGCACUUCACCUGUUUGCAUCAUAUUCCAAAAUAUGUAAAUGAAACUCUUUUAUGACAAAAAUAUCAUUGUUGCUGAAAAUUUAUAAAUGUUUUAGAUAUUUUUGAAAUAGGCAAUUAUAUUCAUUGAUGCGAUUUACAUGUUUUUAAUGUGGUACCUGUUAAUAUUUGGAUACUUUUAUAUACUUAACAAUUGACAGAUGUAUCAAGUUAGCCGGAACUGUGCAUUAAAAUUUGUAUUUUUUUUUUUAUUUGUGAAAGGGUGAAAAAUAAUAUUAAGAGGUAAUUUACCAACUUAAGUUCACUCUGCAAAAUGUUCUUAAAUGAAAACAGAUAACUGUGACGGCGGAACGGUGGUCCAUCAUGUGACUUGCUAUACUCACUAUAUUUAUAGAAGGAGAAAAGGUAACAGAGGCUUUAUCUGUAUUUCUGAAACCAAAAUGCUCUGUCUUUGAAUUUUCAACUUUAGUGCCACUGCUACAUUACCAUAGCUUAAUAUCAAAAAUAUUUUUAAACUUAGCAUGUUUCCUACAGUUUGUUUUUGUACUAAAAUAGUAAAUAUUUAUGGAACUUGGCCACAGACACACUCUAUCAUAAGACACAUCGUAUGCUCAGUCAUAUGCUAAGAUGAAAAUUUAAAAGUCAUAGUCAUAUUAGUACUAUAUCCUCAUGAAAAGCAUGGUAUUUGGGAAAAUGACAUUGUACAUUUAAUUAUAAAGAUAAAAAUUGGUGUCAACUUUUUUUCUCUUUAUAAAAAACAAAUCAGGUUAAUUUAUUUUUUAUAGGGUUAAGUUAAUGCACAUCUAAUGCAAUUAUUCUUACUUUGUAGCACCUACUAGAGGGAUAUAAAUGUACAGUAAUACAUGCCUUUCAUCAAUUAUAUGGAAGCUGUUCCUUGUGCUGUUUAGACAAUAUUCUUAAAAAAUAAUUUAGACAGGGAUAAUUUAUCAUCAUGAUAAAUAACAGUAAUGUGGAUUUUUAUCAUUUAAGGAAAAAAGCAAUAAUUUGCUGAUGUGUGCAUGAACUGGAAUUUCUUCUUUCUCAUUGUUUCUAAUCUUUGUUGCUCACUUUCCGUUUAUUCUUGUAACAGCCACACUACAAGUAGAACAGCAGCAGUGUCAAAUUGGAAGCUCAGCCUUCAUGGCAUGGCACUGUUUGGUUAUGAGCAUUUCCUUUCAAGCCUUAUAUUCAGAGUUAAUUUGUGUAAGUCCAGUUUAAAAAAAAAAGUACAGGCUUGUUCAUUUUAACUCACAUAAUUCAUAGCCUAGCACAUAUUCUACUGGCCAUAAUUGAAUGUCACAAAAUUAUAAUGAAAAUGGACAAUUUCAAAUUCUUUAUUCAUUUAGCCUUUUUUGCAGGUUUAAUGGUUUCACUUCAUAUUUUUAUGAAUUCAUAUCUUCCAGCUGAUGCCAUUUGUAUAAACGUUUAUAUCUACAGUAGAAAUAAUAGACUUGCAAAAAGAAACAUGAAUUGUCUUUUUAUCAUGAAAAAUGAAAAAACAUUUGAUUUUAACACUGCUAGUGCUGCAGGUAAGGCACAAAACGUUAUUCCUAGUAAAUAACAGAAAUGUUCUUCAGGGUUUCUCUAUAAAACGCUUUCUUUUGGAACAUUCAAAUCCAGAUGGAAGACCUGCAUUUCUUCUCACUUUGCACUGUCAGACUUCCUAGUCUCCUUUUGUCUUGUUCUUUUCUCUUUCUUGUCCUGACCCACCGACUUUACAUUCUUUUCCUAAGAUGUUCCCUAGUAAUAAAAUGUGUUGCUUGUUUUUUGGACAUUUUGUGAUAAUGUUUACUAUGGAAGCAAAUAAAAUUUAAAAAGCUGACUGACA